AUGGACGUCCUGCGUGACGCCGAGAAGACAGGAAAGUCGACCGGCGUGGGAUCUCCUACCUUCCGCCAGUUGAGCGCGGUGAAGCAGGUAGUGGAGCAUGUUGUCGACCUAGUCCACCAUCACGGUGUACUGCUUGUGUCGGGAGAGCAUGUGCUGCUUCACGGGGCAAAGGAGGUGCAGCCGGAGCCCCCUUCCGCGGCCGGAGGAGCUUCCGCGGCCGGAGGAGCAGCCGCGGGAGGAUCCGUAGGCUCGGGAGCUGGGGCGUCGGCUAGUGUUCCUCCGAUGGCGGGUCUGCAGCACGUAGACCUCACCGGGGGAGCGGGGGCCCGGGGCUCGACCGUGAGCGGAGCGAGUGGGAGUGAAGCGGACACGACCGCCGCUAUAGCCGAGAUACACUGCAUUCACACUGUUGCGCUCUCUACUGCAUUCGCGAAUUUGCUUGUUAAGUUUCAGAAGCAGAUGCGCACACCAAAAUGGCUGAACCGUGCGAUGAAGACAAAAAUUUUCGCCCUGCUGGCGGGUUUUCUCCACCGCACCAUCAUGGCUACUGCUGCUGCUGCUGCCGUGUCUGCCGCUGCUCUUCGCCCCGAACCUGAAGUCGAAGUUACGGGUGUGUGCACACCCCAAGAGCUCCUGCCUCAAGCCUACCGCCUCGGCCGUGACGCGGCCAACAAGACGGGGUUUGAGUCCAGUCUUCCCAAGGUGAACCGGAAUCCCGCCGCACGUUCACGCCCCCGGGAGAAGCUCAAGCGCACGAGGUUGGCGGAGAUGGGGAUUGUGCUUACCACGCCUUGCUGAAAGGUCUCCAGGCGAUUCUUGGACAGUCGAACAUGCGUGUUCCACGAAUGUCUGAUGGUGUGAAGAGUGCCCUCAAACACAGCAUCAUCUCCCACAUCCUAGGACCAUCAGCGUCGCAAGCGGUCAUGACCACUCUGCUUUCGACUGAGCAGACGCGUCGGGCUCGCGCUCUUCAGUGCACUGAAACUUUGCGGAUGCAUCCAUAUGAGCUGAACACCCCUGAACCCGCGGACAAAGGCGUGAUGACCUACGGUUGUCUGGAUUCGAUAGUGCAAGAGAAGCUACGGACGGA